GAGAAGGUGGAUGUGUCCUGGGAACAAGAUGGAUCGCUGUGCGAUCGCCGUUGUCGUGUCCAUCAAAGAUUGGAGUUCAAACAUUGCUAGAGGAGCGUAGGCGCCGCAGUACCGACCACUAUAGAGAAUGCUUUAGGCAAAAGUGACCUGCCGCAGCAGAUCCGUCGGAGAUGAAGCUCAUGAGAAACUGGAUUGAUGGGCCUGCAAAGCCUGACUUCUAAAGCAAUUGGCGAAUUGUGGACUGGAUUUUGACAGUCCACAGUGCAGUCCAUAAAUCAAGCUGGUCAGAGGUGAGGUCCCAGCGAAGCGCCAUUGGCGGAGACUAUUGCGGAUAACGAUGGUCAAUGAUUAGCGCCACUAGGGGAACUUAGUUGCUGACAAUUUACAAGAACCCCCUCUUGUCCGAAUCAUCGAUGAAAACCGAGGACCUGAAUCGGGCUGGUAUCAUCUUCAGGGUUUGAAAGUUUUGAGGUCUGUCAUUUCAAAGCAAGGCUUGGCUAAAUUUACGACUGUUCAACAUGUGGAAACUACGGACUGCUCUCCUGGUUGCAGUGAUCGCGCUUGUGACGCCGAGCCACUGUGCUAUUGAGAGGACACUGGGUAUGAUCAAACCCGAUUGUGUUCGAAACAAACAUGUCGAUGAAAUCAGGAAGAUUAUACUCGCGCAAGGUUUCUCUUUUGUGAAGGAAAAAGACACCAAAUUGGAUGUGGCUUCUGCCAAAUCUUUCUACCAAGAGCACAAUGGGAAGGAAUUUUUUCCAUCACUGAUCGAGUUCAUGACAAGUGGCCCUGUCCAUCCUAUGGUCCUAGAAGGCGAAGGUGCAAUCAAGAAAUGGCGUGCCCUUAUGGGUCCUACUGAUUCGAACAAGGCCAGAAUCACAGCCCCUGACAGUAUACGAGCUGCUUUCGGAACUGAUAAUCAGAUGAACUGCGUCCAUGGUUCUGACGCCCCAGAGUCCGCCGCCCGGGAAAUUUCAUUCUUCUUUGGAGACGACAAGCAAGGUUCUUGGUCUUAUUUAUCAAUUUGAUACAUGUUUCUCUGCUUCAAAGCAAGAACCGGAGGCACCAAGUAAAGUUCACGAAGAACUAUGAAUAACGCAGAACAUCCAGCCACAAUAUACAUGUAAAAAUUUAAAGCUCUGUCUAAGGGAGUUAUAACACCGGUCUAAGAGAAGCGAAUCCUGUAGAAUUCUUACUGAAGUUGGUGAGCAAAAUAAAGUGAGCAGCUUUGUAGCCACGCACUGCUGUCUUCAGUGUCUGGUUGGUUGGUCAUGACUCCAAAGAUUCUUAAACUCUUCUCAUAAAGUAAAGGAGGAGACGGUACUCGCAAGGUCAUUGCACGCAGGUCCUCCUCGCAAGUGAGCUUUGUUCUCAGCAAUAUUUUUCCAACAAGGAGGAAGAGCAAGGCCGUGUAAUUGACUGAAUGUCUCUCCUUCUGUACCUUAGAUAAUGGGUUAAGUCACAACUCUGUCUGCAGUUUUUGAGGGCAAGAUUAUCCUCAACUAAGUGCAGCUUUUCGCUGUCAUCUGCAGUAAUUGUCGGUAGAGGGAAUCGCAUUUCAAGGUCGACCGGGACGUAAUUUAGUGUUUUGGAAAACCCCGAGGCUUUGGAUGUCGCUCAGAGCAGAGCAGGCAUGAUAACAAUUGCUCUGCAGCGAAAUUUUGACUGCGUGAUUGUAUUUCUAUUGAGACCAAAUUUGUGUCAAAACCUCCUUGCAAUCACAGCUGUUUGAAGUUGUGAAGUUUAAAAUUU